AUGUUGCGCACAGUAUUAUUAAGUUUAAUAUUAUUGGUAUCAUUAUCAUCAACAUCAUCAAUACUUCGAAAAUCACUUAAACGUCGACAAAGUGAUGCUCCACCGUGUAAUGCUAUUGAAGGUUUCGAAUGUAAAUGUACAUUUUCCCGUGUAAUAUGUACAACUAAUCGUGAUUUUUCAACACCAUUAAAUAUAAUAGAAAAUGAAAAACAUAAAUAUCAAUCAGUUGAAUUAGUUAUAUCAGCUACACGUGAUAUUCAAGUUAAUGAUCGUACAUUUGAAACAAUUAAAGAAUUAUAUAAAAAUGAUGGAGAUAAUUAUGAAUUUCGUAUUAAAUUCGAAAAAUUUACUGGACUUCAUUUAUCAUCACCUGGAUUAUUUAAUCGAAUAUUUCCAGAUAAUAUUCCAUCACAUGCACGAAAACAAAUUGCAUUAGAAAUUUAUAAUCCUGAAGUUGCACCAAGUGAAAAUUUACAUUUAUUUCAAAAUUUACAUGUUGAUACAUUAGAACUUUACGCAUUAUAUCCAUUUCAUGGAACAUUUCAACAAUUAUUUGAUGGUGCAAAUAUAAAAUAUUUACGUUUAAGUGGUGGUGAUAUGCGUUCGGAUUUAUCACAUUCAUUUACAGGUACAAUUGGUCGGUUAGAAUUAGCUAAACAAGCAAGUGCAUUAUCCAUACAAAAUUUUCCUGUUUAUCCAGCACAUGAAUUAAUUAUAAAUGCUUUUUAUAUAACAGAAUUUAAUCCUGAACAUCCACCUAAUUAUUCAAAUUUAGGUGAAUUACGUGUUUUUAGUCCUGGUCGUAUACCAGCAAAUGCAUUUCAUCAAUAUCCAAAUAUUCAUACAUUAUCAAUAUCAACUGAUACAGAAAUUGAUCCAAAUGCAUUACAUGGUUUAAAUAAUUUAGAAAAAUUAUCAAUUAAAGAACCAAAUCCAUCAUUAAAACUUUUAAAUAGUGUACCAAAUGUUAAAGAAUUUGAAACAAAUAUUGAAAAAUUAAAUGAAGAUGAACAAUGUCAAUUAGUUGAAAAAUUAGCUAAUGGACAAGUUGCUGUUCAAGCUAUACCAAAUGGUCGUGAAUGUACAUGUAUAAAUGCUUAUUUAAAUACAGCUGUAGCACGUACAACAUGUGAGCCACAAGGUUGUGAACGUUCAUCAUGUACUACAAUAAGAAAUAAUUAUGAUCCAUCAAUACAUGCAUUUAAAGCACCACCAACUAUACGUCGUUCUGAUGGUUCAGAUGCUUUACGUCAACGUGAACCAAGAGUUUAUACAAAACCAUAUCAAGUACAAUCUAAUGAUAGAGAUAAACUUCAUAGAGGUAUGCCACAACAACAACCUGUACCACAUACACCAACAGAUGAUGAUAGUCAAAGACCAGCUGGUGGUAGUCAUGAACAAGCUCCAUGGCAAGGAGAACAAAGACCAGGUAUGUUAAAUAUUUAA